CUAGCCAUUUUCUUCGAACUUUUUUGGUCAAUCUUCUUCUUCCUAGGAACAAAUAGAGAUAUGGAACACCAUGCUAGCACUAGUUCCAAUUCCUAUCAAUCUCUUGCUUUUUCAAGUAACUUUCUUCUUGAUCAUCGUCAACCUCAAAUAGAAGACGAAAACCCAUCAACAUUACCCAUGUUUGACUCUACUACAAAUGUCCCUUCAGACCAUAAUUUGCACACAAGUGUAAGUUACCAACCCCACAAUAAUCCCAAAAGGAAAAGAAGUAGAUUCCUCAGGAUUGGUAAUUCAUUCCCAAUUACAAAGUCAUCUUCUUCUUCUGGAGUUAUUAAGCCUAAAUGUACCAAAAAACCUCCAGACCCAAGUGCACCAAAAAUUACUCGGCCUUGUACUGAGUGUGGCAAGAAAUUUUUGUCAUUGAAAGCCCUUUUUGGUCACAUGCGUUGUCAUCCUGAACGCCAAUGGCGCGGCAUUAACCCUCCUCCUAAUUUCAGGCGACACAACGAUGACUCUUCUACUUCUGCUCCAGAAUUUAGCCCUAGACAAAAUAAAGUUUCUUCACAAACCCCCAAAUCACUUUCCCAUAUGAUUAUGACAGACAAGGACCACGACAUCGCUUCGUGCUUGUUACUAUUAGCCAAUGGUGGAUCAAAACCUGAUGAUAACGACGAACCUGAGAAUGUUGUGAGGGACAGGAUUAUAGUGGAUGCAUCAGCAGAGCCUUCAGCUUCGUCUUCAGGAGUAGGUGAAGCCAAGUGUUGUCGAUUCGAGUGUUCAAGUUGUAAGAAGGUGUUUGGAUCACACCAGGCUUUAGGUGGACACAGGGCUAGUCACAAAAAUGUUAAAGGUUGUUUUGCAUCAACUUCAGGUUCAGGACUAACACAAGCUCCUCUUAUUCUAAACCCUAAUGCACAUGAUCAUAUUACUACUAAUUUGGAUCUUAACUUCCCUCCUCCUGUCACAUUAAUCUCAGGUGAAGAUCAAUAUGAUUCUUCGUCUUCCUAUUCUUCUACUUAUUCAGGCUCCGCAUUGGACUUAAGGUUGAGGCUAUAAGGGCUUCAACUUUAUUACAUAAGUAGUCCUAUAUAGUAACUGACAUAUUACUAUAAUAGAAGCUUUU